AUGCUGUGCAAAAGGGCAAAGAGGAGGCUUGACAUUUUCCCCUGGGCUUCUGACACUGAUGAAGAAGAGCGUGCUCAGCAGCAGCAGCAGCGUAUGCAGCCUGACACAAGGAAAAGCAUUGGGCCUAGUGAUGUAGUGAAGGGAAGCAUCUCCUAUGACUUUGCUCCUGACCAUGUUCAAGCAGGGAAGGUGUUGGCUCAUUGUCAGAACUGCAUCCAAAGGCUACGCUUUGCUGUUGGUGAGGGUUCCUUGAAAAUCGUGAUCUACAAGAUCGGGAUUACCCACGAUUGCACUGCCCGCUUCGAGCUGUACAAAGCACACAAUUGGACAAGGAUGGUCGUGAUGGCUUCAAGUGAGGAUCUAGGGCUCAUAGAAAUGCUUGAGGCUGCGUUGAUCUCUCACCACAAUCGCGGUGUUCAGUGCCGUAAUGUCCUUUUGGGAGGAGAGGGAAUGCGUGACAAGGACUUCAGUCCUAAGUUCCGGCCUCCCUUCUAUUGCUACUGUGCCACUGGCAAGCACGUGGCCAACAUUGCGAAGGCCUUUGCGGACGAUAUUGGAGCUUGCAGAGCUUUGAAGGAUCUAGCCAGGGCUCCAGUUUGUGAUGCUGAGAAAUACCUUCAAAAGGUUUUGCAAAAAUGGGAGCUCAUAUUCGAUGUUCCAAUUACCUAUGUCGAUGUUUCGGACACCUGCCGGAUUCCCUUUCUGAAGCCCUCGGACUACAUCAUGAAAUUAUGCGAGAAGGGGUUCUUGAACAAGUUGCUGGGGGGCCCGCUGGAGAGUAGUGCUGCGAGGCUUGAGGAAUUUUGGGAAAGGUUCCGUGAGGAGGAGCCAAACCACGAGGUCUUCACCCACGAUUUCUUUUCAACCAAGGAUCUUGUACCACUUUAUGUGCACGGGGAUGGCGGGAGAACGUAUCGCAGAGACGAGUUGAUGGUUCUUCAGUUCCAGCCUAUUCUGGGUUUCGGAUCUCGGGCCUCACAUCCCCUGAAGAGACGGUGUGCUGCAGCAGGUGUGAACUUACAGGGACACUCGUUUACAACCAGAUUCCUUACAAGUGUGAUGCCGAAAUCACUGUAUAAGAAUCAUCCUGCACAUUUCGAUGGUUUUGUCAAAGCGGCCUUUGAAGAUCUGGAACAACUCUACUACAGUGGUCUCAGGAUUCGUGAUGAUCACACACUGCGCUUCAUAGUCUUGGGGCUAAAGGGCGAUUUACCUUUUUUGGUGAAGUCAGGUCAUCUCAACCGCAGCUUCGUGAACGUUCGCAAGGGUCCUGAAAACCCCAAGUCGAGGCCCUUGACUGGGUGUUGUUGGAAAUGCGCCGCAGGGAGCAGUGCUGUGCCGUUUGAGGAGUUUACCCGGUCACCAGCUUGGCUGACUACUACUGGGCCCAACAAUGAACUUCCAUGGACAACCAUUGCACCCUUCCUUGAUCACGUACCCCAUGUUCUUGAAGACAAGGGGGCCUUUUUCAAACUAGACCUUCUACAUAUCUACCACCUGGGAAUUGGGCGUGACUUUGCAGCAAACAAAAAUUUUCCGGCUGGGCAUUGGAACAAGGCAUUCGAUACUCCAGUUUUGAUUGAGUUCACGGGCUGGGUGCUGCGUCGAUACAAUGUCAUCCUCAACUCGCACCGGAUGCUUCAGAUCAUAGCUAGUGCUUGCGAUGCCAUGUCCAGAUUUAUGCACAACUUGCUUCGGUCUGGAUUGUGGAUGAGGCAAGCUGUGGCUGCAGACUCGGGAGAAGAUGGGCUAUACUUUCUGGCCUGUUAUGGCAAGCUUGCAAGGCUUUCCUUUGAGGUGCGCAAAUGUCGCUACAAUAUGGUUCCGAAACUGCAUUGUUUCCAUCACGUAUGCCUCGACCUCAUCCGAAAAUCUAGCCACUUGAGCUAUUUGCUGAACCCCCUGGCAGAAUGCACUUUCCAAGACGAAGAUUUUGUAGGGCGCGUUGCCCGCUUAAGCAGGCGGGUCAGUCCACGUUUGCAAUGCCUCCGGACAAUCCAGAGGUACUUAAUCGCUACAAGGUAUGAACUGCCCAGCUAA